CUCAGCUGUGACAUCGACACAAAGACACUUGUUGAGAGCAUCUCCUCGAGCUCACCUUACAGUCACGCUAAGGACAACUUGUUCAAGGAGAACCACGACGCUAUUUUCCUUCAAGAAACCUUCAAGUCACGAAAUUACAGGAAUGGACAAUAGCAGCAGAAUGAUGUUCGCAGUUGUCAUGGUAAUGGCGUACAUGGUGAUGGGAGCCAAGACCCAGAACUCCACAAUGGCCCCGAACGUCACAAUGGCAGCUAAUGCUACUACUACAGGACUCAACAUAACAACGAACCUUAGCACACCACAUUCCCCGGGCGUAAACAUCACAAUCAAUGGUACCAUGGCACCCAACACAACAAUGUCUCCGACGGCUGUGGUACCUGUUGUCAACACCACCGUCACAGCUCUCACGGUGAACAUCUCAAGGACAGACUGUGGAAAGACUCAGCUCUGUGCUGCUGAGCCGUCAGAGUGUAAUCCGGCCCUGCCUGGUUCCUGUUUCUUCGUCUCCACCCAGCAGACCUCGGGACAGACUUUCUCCUUCCAGCUACGAGGAGUGUCCAGCGGCUACAUCGCUGUAGGCUUGUCCACAAACUCCACACCGGAUGGUAACGCCACCAUCUAUGUGUGCGCCAACAACAACAGCAACGUGAUGUUCUUCACCGCUCUCCUCAACAAAAGAAAUCUGACCAUCAACAACGCACUGCCUGUGGACUCUGUGAAGGGCUCAGUCAAAGGUCAGAUCAUCCAGUGCACCUUCUCUGCUACUGUCCCCAAUGCUACGGCCACCCGGAGCAUCGACACCAGCUUCUACCUCUCCAUCUUCAACGGGACUUUUAUGAACGGAAUACUGGGUGAUCCAAAUUUUGUCAUGAUCAGUAAUAAAGCUGUGGACCUGUCCAACUCCCAAACUACUGUGAUCAACUCUUUGAACAGCAACACCAACUCCAGCCACGCCUUCGGCCUGCAGCACACCCUGUCUCAAGCUCUUCUGAUCCUGCUAGGUGUAGUAGGUUUGAUGAUGCUGUAAUGCAGGUCUGAAGGUGAAGCACCAUGCACUCAGGAAUCCUGCCUCCUUACCUUUACUCACCUUGGCCAGGCUGCGUCCCUAAAUGACACCCUAUUCCCUACUGUACUUUCACUAUGUAGGGAAUAGGGUGCAAUUCUGGACUCAAUCUGAUACCAGAACAAAGGACCAUGUCAGAUCUGAAGUUAUAUGCUUAUAAAUGCAAUCAUGUUUUUCCAUAUACUCAAUAAAACACCUAGUUGAGGGUAGUAAGACAUUAACCAACAGAAUGGACCCAGUGAUACAAGGCCAAGUACUAACAUAUUGUGUUGAUAGACAAUACCGUUUAAAGGGGAAAAAAGUAUAAAUUCAGCUUCACAUUCAUCAUCUCCAGCAACACUCCCAACAUCAACACUUAACUUCUUCUCUUGUUGACUACAUAACAUAGAAGGCCGCCAUUUUAAUAUAUGUUGAUGUUGGAGUGUUGCUGGAGAUGAUGAAGAUGAACUGUCCCUUUAAGACCUGGGUGUAAAAACAGAUUCUCCAUAUUUGUACUGUAUACCCCCAUGUCAUCCCCUACAUGUAACUAAUUUAUUUGUGACAGAGGAAGUUGUUUUAUAAUUCUGUAUUCACUGAUGUCCUGUUAUGAAGGAAGACUUAGGUUUGUCUGUGUUUCUUAGUGGAUGUGUGUGAGUGAGAGUGUGACUGUGUGUAAAUAUUUGUGUAGUGAUGAGAGAGUCCACACACAUACCCACACUUGGGACAGACGUCAAUUCAACAUCUACUGCAUUCCACAUCGGUUCAAAGUAAUUUCAUUGAAAUAACAUGGACACAUUGAUUAAACCAGGGUUUUCCCAGUGGGACGUAGAUUAAGCCACAAAGGCUGCAUUUAGACAGGCAGACAAGUUCUUAUACUUUUUCCAAUAAUUGGUCUUUUGAACAAAAACAUCAGUUCUUUUUCAGAGCUGAUCAAAAGACCAAUUAGCGUGUGUGUGUGUGUGUACUAUGAUGAAGCCACUGGAUGGUGAACUGUUCUUCCUGACUACCCUUUUAAAUUAAAUAUUUGCAUUACACAAUAAAAAUAAAAAUGAACUUUUA